AUGUUUCCUUCAUCCGUUGUUGACACAACAAUUCCUCCGUGCAAUUUUUUUUUGCAAAAAAUAAUGAAUUUUGUCCAGCAAAAAUCCACAAAUCUUCCCAAACAUCCUCCAAGAAGUGGAAAAGCCUUUGAAAGAAAUGCUUGUGAACCUUCGAGUGUUGCUGGACCAUCGGGAAUGGUUCAGAAGUUCUUUCAGGACUCAACAACUGGCUUCCAUCAAGCCGAAGUACCUCCCCCAGAGGCUAGAAAGACCAAGAAGGGUAUCCGAGUGUUGGGCAGUGGUCAGAGCUAUGGAUUCAAUUCGGAUUCUCACGAGCCUCAUGUUAUUUUGGUGAUCACAGAGGGCAGGAACAAUGCCAGGGGGGAGAUUGGAAUGGCAUCUGUGGACAUGAAUUGCCCAACGCUCACAAUGUCUCAAUUCAGCGAUGAUCUCUGGUACACGGGCACCGUGAUAAAGAUCCAAAUGCUCGAACCUGCGGAGAUUGUUGUCCCAAAUACCGUUUACACAGAAGACAGCCUCGUGAAGGACUCCACACUCAUAAAGGUCAUCCUCAAAGCCUUCCCGAAUAUCAAAAUAAAGCCCAUUCUCCGGAAAUUCUUCAAUGAUGUCGAUGCCAUGAAUAAAAUUACUGAACUCUGCUCCCCGCACUGUGAGAGUGUUAAGCUAGCCCUUGAGGGGAAGUACUACGCUUUGACAGCUGCCGGAGGACUCUUCCGGUACCUCCAGACAAUUCUCUAUGCCACCUUCGCGCCGGAGAGUCUUCAAAUUGUCUACGAAGCUAAAUAUGGAGCAAUGAUGAUUGACGUGGAGACAUCCAAGAGAUUGGAACUUGUGGCUUCCCUGAUGCCACGGAAGAGUAAGAAUGGCUCGCUCUAUCAGUAUUUGGAUAAAUGUCAGACAAACAUCGGCAAGAGAUCCCUUCGAGCACGAAUUCUCGCCCCAUUGUGCGAUGUUAAGCAAAUCCGGGAAUUUCAGGAAGCUGUCCAGGAAUUGGUGGAAAAUCCCGCCCUUCUGGACACACUAAAAUCAGUCCUGAAGAAAUUCCGCAGCGUUGACAAGAUGCAGCGUCUCUGCUUUAUUAUUCCCCAAAGUGAUGCCGUUCGGGCUGCUGAGCUAAUGAUCAGUCAUGUAAUCACGGUGAAGUCCUGCCUUGAAUCCCUCCCGCAGCUCAAUGAUAUCCUCGCCACGCUAACUAAUAAAAGCUUCGAGUCAAUGCGUCAGGGGCUGGAGGAUCCACGCCACGACGGGAUCUUGCAGCAAAUUGGAAAAUUCAUUUCCGACGGCGUUCAAAUGGAAUGUGGUCAGAAGCAAUUUAUUCAGCGAAUUCACGCCGUCAAGGAGGGCUGCAAUGUCUUCCUGGACAUCACACGGAAGCUCUACUAUUGCCUCCUUGAGGAUCUCAAGAAACUCGUCACGUCCAUUGGGCAAAAGUACGAACUUUCCCUACAACUUGCCCACAAUUGCACCAAAGGCUACCACGUGGUGCUAAUAACUGACCCAAGGAAGCCACUUCCGGAAAUCCCAGAGGAAUUUGAAGUUCUCUCCCGUCGUGGCAGUAAGAUUCUCCUCCGGAAUGAAGAGCUAAUCAAUAUGGAUUUGCGCAUUCGCAAUGUAAUCAAUGAGAUUCUCAUCAUAAGCAAUCAAGUUCUCGAUGAACUCCUCCAGAAUAUCCGGAAGGACAUGGAAUGCUUCUACAUGCUCGCUGGGGUGAUUGUGGAGAUUGAUCUCCUGCAGAAUUUUGCCUCCCUGGCAUGCGUGGAUGGGACUGUUUGCCCCACAUUUGGAGCUGAUCUCAAAGUAAUCGAUGGCAUUCAUCCAUUCCUUGAAUUUGGACACAGUCACAUUGUCCCCGUGCCCAAUAACAUCAUCGCCACAUCCGAUUACAAUUUCUUCCUCAUCACAGGCCCCAAUAUGGGCGGGAAAACCGUCUACAUCAAAAUGAUUGCAAUUCUGCAGAUUAUGGCCCAAAUUGGGGCCUUCAUUCCCGCCACGGAAGCUUCCUUUCGCAUCUGCGACAAACUCUUCUCCCGCAUGGGCUUUGACGAUACAAUUCAGCGGGGAGUUUCGAAUUUUCAUCACGAAGUUCAGCAAUCAGAGUACAUCAAGAAGAGCAUUACGCCCAAUAGUUUGGUCAUUGUGGACGAGUUGGGACGCAGUACGAAUCCACAUGAAGGAAAAAUCUGGGCUUGGGCAAUGUGUGAGGAACUUGCGGAUCUCAAGGGAAUCUACAAUGAUGGAAAUUAUUUUGAGAAGGAGACGGAUUCCGCUUCUGGGUCAAAUGAAAAUGGCGGGAGGGAAGUGAAGAAGCUUCACAAUAUUGCUUCUCCCUUUGUCUUCCUCACCACGCACUUCAAGGAACUCACAAAACUCCCGGAUUAUCACUACAACAUGGUUAAUCUCUACUUGGAAGCUGAUGAGGAAGCCUCAGAGUGUGGGAUUGUCCUCAAAUAUACGCAUAAAGUCAAAUACGGCGUCACACCACUCAAAGCCUAUGGCUUGGCUCUUGCCAAACAGGUUAGAUUCUCCCGUAGAGUCGUCCCAAGGGCUGAAGAAAUCUUCAAGAAGUUGGAGAGUCUUCGGGAAAAUCCCCCAUUGGAGUCUCUUGGUAAUCAAGUCCGAUCAACGCGUGAGAAAAGCAUGGAAAAUGAGAGAAAACUCUACGAUCUCUAUGCCAAUUUGGCAUCAUUCUUCCGUCCGGAUACUGAGAAGAAAUCCGAUGAAUUUAUCCGGAAGGAAAUUGCGAAGAUCAUGAAGAAAUUCAUUGAUGACGCUGAUCCUCAAUUUAUCGUUGAUUUGAAAUCAAAACCUCCUCCACGUGCUCUCAAUGCUUCCACCACAACAACAACAACAACAACAUCUCGUGAGAGUAAUCAGCAGAAUUCGAGGAUUUCCCUCAAUUUGGAAACAAUACGCGAAGAUCUCCGUAGUGAGAGAACCAUCACGAGCAUUUCCAAUGAAUUCCAAGCAAUUCUCAACAGUAGUGAUCAACUACGUCGAACGUAUACGAUCACAACAACCCCAUCGCCACCACCUUUGUCAAAUGAAUCCGUUCGCAUUGAAGAAAUUCCGCGAUCUGCGGAGAAAAUUGAGGAGAUCCCAAAAGCAGAAGUGAGAAAACCUUCCUCGUUGAUUAACUUCAACAUCCGUGCUCCCUAUCGACCGCGCCCAAAGGAAAAUCUCUGGGAAAUGCUUUCGUCAAAGCAUUCCCCAAACUCCGAUGCUGAGAAGCCUCUUUCGGGGAGUAGUCGCUGCACUUCCGGAAAAUCUUCUUCCAUUGAUCACAGAGGAAUUGAUCUCUUUGAGCGCGAUCGAAGGAGCUCAGCGGACUUCCUCUUCAGCACCCCGGGGCCAUCACGGAAACGUCCAGCAACGGAAGAUGCUGAGCCCAUUUUGAAUUUGAGUGAGGAUGAAGAUGAAAUUCAAACGGAAUACGAUCGAAUGUUCCUCUCACAGCUCACAUCGACGCAGGAUAAUAUUCUACAGAAGGCUGGUAGUAGUGAAGAAUUCACAGGACUGGAUAUUUCAUCUGAUAAGGAGCUUCCGGAAAAGAGAAUUUUCACCCAGACUCCCUUCGCGAAAUCCCAAAAAACUUCAAGAAGGGAACUUGAUGACUUUUUUGGAGAUCCCGUGGAUAAUUCCAAUGAUCCGUGGGUUAGUGAAUUUGCCAAUCUGACACAGCAGAGUGUGCUUGAACCACGAGAGAACACACGCGAAAGGAGCAAAGAAAGCAGCAGUAACAGAGGAGAAUCAAGCAAAACUUCCACAACAUCAAACAGGAAGGAAACAACAAAAUCUUCUUCGGGGGAUUUGUCAGAAAUCUCAUCAAUCACCCCAGUUGAGAAGCCACAAUUUAAUUUUAUGGAACAAUAUCGUGAGAAUGUUAUACGUAGAAUGCAACAGCAAAAGGGUCCGCUAAAGCCCAUUCGUGCAGUUAAGCAACAGAAGAAAUCUCUCGUAACGAAACUCCCGCAAACAAACUAUCCGGAAGUGUGGAAGCAGAGGCAGCGUGAAAUUGAGCGUUUCACCAGCAUUGCUGGGCCCAGUAAUGCCCAUAAAUCUGUUGAAAAGGAAGCUGAAAAGCCCAAAGAACGAGAAAAUUUUGCAAAUGAUUCGAGUAGUUCGCAAAUGAGUGUCUGCACUGCUAAAGUUCCGUGGUUUCCGGACAUUGGGACACUUGCUGAGGCUCAAACACCAAAGGAACAGCCCCCGAGGGAGCAGCCACAGAAGAAGGAACGUCUUGUGUUGGAUCUUGCUAAACUUAAUCAAUUAAAAAAUUCAAAACUCUGAAAUUUUUAUAAAUUUUCAAGACAAAAUAAAGAAGCUUAAUCACAAA